AAGCAGGUGCUGCAUGCCCCACCUGCGUGUGUCAUACGGAAGAGUGACAAGCCACAAGUAAGCAAAUAUCGUGAAGACGAGAAUGAAGUUACAACGACGUUACAAUAAUUCCCGGUUUCUUUCUUUCAGUUCGAUUUAUUUCCACUUCAUCUGAGUCGCUUGCGCUGGAUUCGAACCGAUGCUUUACGACAAGGUGCCGAGAUGAAGCGCACUACAAGCUCGCGCAUUUUCACCAGACUCACACUUUGUGCUGCGGUGUUUUCAUUGAUUCAGUGCCUCUCCACCACACGCACCAUCAUGUCACCUUUGCAGAUGAGCCCUUACGGUGACUUUCUUCGCUUCGACUCGGCUCCUGACACCAUCACAGAAAACUCCAUCGUGCGGAUUUCGUAUAUCUGCUCCAUGGCCUGCAGAGUAGGGAUCGAGGUCGUGCUUUCCACACCAAAAACCGUCGGACGUGUGACCUUCAGGAGAUCAUGGACUCAUGUCCGACCCCUAAAAACGCCUAUAACAAGGACGAUUCAGCUCAAAUUCCCAUCUGCUCUGGUGUAUAAGAGAGACUUUUUUAUCAGGCAGACAGCAGAGGUGCAUGAUGGGAUGCUGAGAGCCUGGCUGGUGUAUCUGGAUGGAGAAGAACGCAAUAGCAGCCACAAUGGUGUCAGUCAGUACGAGAGAUCCACAGUGAGAGCGUUUAAAUCUCUGAAGACGGUUCCGCCUUCGGAACGUCCUGCCAAAUCACAGAACAGAUGUCUUGCAUGGGGGGCGGAGCUUAUGUGGAAUCGGACAAAAGGCAGAAUAGGGAGGUGUAUUUUUGAGUCAGAUAUAGUGAGACUCCUGACAUUCCCUUUUGCAAGCACUGGAGAGAAAUACGGCGUCAUCCGGACGUUUCCAUCCUUCGCCAACAGAGAGCUGGAGACUGCAAGCAUUCGUGCUCUAGAGAAACCCAGAGUGACCGUGUCGAUAUGGCUGUAUUUGCUAAACUGGUGCACGGUAAAGUACUGUGGCAUCAUCAAGCACUUGUACGAGCACAGGAAAUACGGAUCUCCUCUCCUUUUGCUGACUGAUACAGGUAAGAUCGUAGUGCAGGCGUGUUUGGUCUCGGGUGUGGAAAAGGCGUUCACAGUCGACACCGACCUCCCUCUCCGGACCUGGAUCCGGCUGGACCUCUUCAUCCAGGCCUCAGAGGUGAAGAUAAUAAUCACGCAGGCCUCGUCUACAGAUUAUCCCCAGGAAGCCGUGUACAGUUUUCAGGACUCUGUACUAUACAAUGACACCUCGGGAUACUUUGUGAUCGGCGGCUGCAUCUACAUGCCAGGCUUCCAAGGUUAUGUCGGACCGGUUAAAUAUUACCGCUUAGGCUCGGAAACGGUGGUGAACCCUCUGACUCCAGAGAGAAUGCUGACAAAACUGGACCAAGCCCACAGAUGGUGUGAGGACGUUAAACAGAUCACUAAAGACUACGUAACAGCUCUACAAGACAACAGCGCCAGUCUCGUCGACGACGUGUGCGUGCCCCGUUACGAGCAGUUAAGGAGGACGUUUGUCCAGACGAGGUGCAUGCAGACGUGGUCCUGGGAGCAUCAGCUGAAAUACAGUUUUGUUUUCAAGAUACUGAGAAGGCAUCAAGAAGAACUGAUAUCAGGCUCUUGGAGCAGCAAGAAAGCGUCACUCUUAGCUCAGCGCCUCUACCAAGACACGGUAAAGAGUUUGGCCGAUGCCAGUCAUGGAGACAUCGAUAUGUCUCUAAUUGAGCUGCUGCAGCUGUGCUCGUGUUGGGGUCAUCACCAGGCCAAUCUCAUGCUCGCCACUUUACACCUCUCGGGCCUCGGCGUGCCAGCAGACCAGGAGAAGGGCCACGUGUACAGCCUGAUGGGCGGAGUCGUAGAUGAGCGUCUGGCUCUGCUACAUUUGGGCUACAAGCACAUGCAGGGUCUGGACGGCUUCCCUAAGGACCAGGACAUGGCUUACGGCUACUACGCCAACGUGGCAAAGCAGACCAGCAUCGACCUUGAUAAUGUCCAGGACAUGGAGCAAUUCCUCCCUGAGCACGUACACUUAGACAAGCCAGAGGACGUUCAGAUGCAAGUAGGCGAGUCCAACGACAUCAUACAGUUCAUCAAACACCAGGCUGAGAGAGGAGACAUCGAGUCUCAGAAAACAAUGGCACGGAUUCUAUUCUUUGGCAGUAAUGGCAUGACGAAGGACAUUCACGCCUCACACCUCCAGGAAUAUAAGAUGUGUGAAUGUUAUACUCUAGGUGUGUGUGUGUGUGUGUGUGUGUGUGUGUGUGUUUCUCAGGGCAACGUGGAUGCCCUGAACUCCCUCGGUUGGUACUACAGCACUAUGGAAUAUAACAGCAGAAAGGCUGCGUAUUACUUUGACCUGGCGGCUCGUAACGGCAGUCGAGACGGUCUCUUUAACCUGGGGGUGUAUCACCUGAACGGCACUGUACUGGACUCGCUGGGCAGGAACGAGACAGCUGCGUUCCAGUGUUUCUUGAAGGCAGGUGAACAAGGUCAUGUGGAAGGUGCAGUAGAGGCUGCAUCAUCUCUCUCUCGUGGACAGUUACCAGGCGUACGCCGAGAUCCCGAGAAAGCCGUGAAUCUGCUGAAGCCGGUCAGCGAGAAGAACGGUCACCUGGGCUUCACGAUACGGGACGCUCUGAAAGCGUUUCAGCACGGAUCAUGGGACGAAGCCCUGCUGAAAUACGCCAUGCUGGCUGAAACAGGCUUUAUUGUGGCUCAGCUGAAUGCCGCACACCUCUGUGAGGUGUUGACGCACGGCUCCGCCUGCCAGUGGAGGUAUCAUAACUACUCCACCCAUAACCACGGGCCGCACGAAUCAGGGCUGUUGAAGAUGGGAGACCAUUACAGUGCCUUAGGUGACAUAACAAACGCUGUAAUACUGUACAGCAGAGCAGCACUGAGAGGCAGUGCACAGGGCAUGUACAAUCUGGCGGUCUUGACCGAGGAAGGACUCGACAUCCCCGCAAAUAUCCUGGAGCAAAUGAAGAUCUCGACCGAGGAUCAGAUGAACAAGCACGGUGUCGUGGAGAAACUGUUGACCAGAUGCAGAGAGCUGGAGGGGAACAAUGAGGAAAUGAGCCCGUGCUCACUGGCUCUGAUUGGGCUGCGUGUGUCCAGAGCGUGGAGCAGCUUCACCCACAGCAAAGUCCACCUCACGCUGACCGUCGCCGCUCUCGUCAUGUUAGCGCUCGCCAUCGCGGCACAAAGUGCGAUCGCCCACUACUCUGCAGCUCCUCCACACAGUAUUCCUGACCAUUUAUCGCCUCGCCUUGGUGAGUCAGACUCUCACUUUGAGGCACAGGAAGGACCCUCAGGAAUCACUCAGUCUGCGCGGAUCAGGCAAACCUUCGUGACCCGACACGUCCGAUCCCUGCAGGAAACAGCUGACUUUGUCUUCACGGCCAGCGGCCUGUGCAUGUGUGCCUUGUGCACCGUGUUCGUGUCUCAUGUGCUUUAACUGUACAUUAAAACAACGCUGAUAUGAAGGAGGACGUUUUUAAACUGACUGAAAUCUGUGUGCCCAAAGCUGCAAAACAGCGCCAUCUUCUGACAGAAACACAGAGGAAGUCGAUGACAUUCAUAUUUAUGUUUUUCAGUUCAUCCGAAAUAGAAUUUUUAUUAGAAAGAGCAAAAAACUUUAUUAUCAGCAAUACGGAGGUUUUUUUUCUUCUUAAUGCGAACUUACCAGACAACUGAUCGCUAAAGUGGGCUUGAAUUUCAUUAGCAAUUUUUGUCCCAGAUUGCAAAUGCCAUUGAAAACUUUACAUAUAGCUUCUUACCAUUGGACUUCUGUUACUAUAACGUGCUUGGAGAAGAGAUUUCAUACAAAGGAGUUGAAGGGAAAAUUGUUGAGGGUAAAUUUCUAGGAGCAGAGAUGAGGCGAAAUGACACAGAUCAGGCAAGGUGAAAUGACACAGAUCAGGCAAGGUGAAAUGACACAGAUCAGGCAAGGUGACAUGACACAGAUCAGGCAAAGUGACAUGACACAGAUCAGGCAAAGUGACAUGACACAGAUCAGGCAAAGUGACAUGACAGAUCAGGCAAAGUGACAUGACACAGAUCAGGCAAAGUGACAUGACAGAUCAGGCAAGGUGAAAUGACACAGAUCAGGCAAGGUGAAAUGACACAGAUCAGGCAAAGUGACAUGACACAGAUCAGGCAAAGUGACAUGACACAGAUCAGGCAAAGUGACAUGACAGAUCAGGCAAGGUGAAAUGACACAGAUCAGGCAAGGUGAAAUGACACAGAUCAGGCAAGGUGAAAUGACACAGAUCAGGCAAGGUGAAAUGACACAGAUCAGGCAAGGUGAAAUGACACAGAUCAGGCAAGGUGAAAUGACACAGAUCAGGCAAGGUGAAAUGACACAGAUCAGGCAAAGUGACAUGACACAGAUCAGGCAAAGUGACAUGACACAGAUCAGGCAAAGUGACAUGACAGAUCAGGCAAAGUGACAUGACACAGAUCAGGCAAAGUGACAUGACAGAUCAGGCAAAGUGAAAUGACACAGAUCAGGCAAAGUGACAUGACAGAUCAGGCAAAGUGACAUGACACAGAUCAGGCAAAGUGACAUGACACAGAUCAGGCAAAGUGAAAUGACACGGAUCAGGCAAGGCAAGAUGACACAGAUUUGGCAAGGUGAAAAGUCUUUUGUUUUGAUAUUAAUGAUAACCUACCUGACAACUCAGUGCUACUGCUUGUAUUUUGCUUGGUGUGCAUUCAGGUAAUGUUAUUCUAGGAUGAGGUCGUGCUGUGGUUUUGAAACUGUGGUGCAGCUGUUUUAAGCUCCACAGACAACAAAACUACGCACUUGGGCUCAAACCCACCGAAAGCUCUUUUUACUUUUUUUUUUUUUUUUUUGAGAAAAUAUUUCAGACGCUGGAUUCAAGAAUUUUAUUCCAGAUUCAUGAAUCAUGAUUUUAGACUCAGGAUGUGUCUACAGACUAAAAAAAAUGUCACCGAAGGGGAAAGGAGGUGGGACGUGAAAGGUCUAAAUGCGUUUCGUAGGGCUUACUUUCACUUAAAAAAACGUAUAUUUAAAGUGGAUUCCAAAAAUUGAAGUAAAACUUCUCAGUUUUCUUCUUUACUUUUUUUUCUUCCUGUUUUUUUUUUCUUUUUUUUUGCUUGAAUUCUGUCGGUUGCUGUAACACGGUAAAGGCAGGAAAAAGAAACCUAACGUGAUUUAUCUCGGUUUUUCACGUUAUGCAGAUUUUUUAGAUCCAAUGUCCAUGAAAUCAUUGAAGGAAAAAAAAAACAAUACAAGAAGGUCUGUGAGUGCGUCAAGAAUGAAAACGUUUCUGUGGUAAAAGUCUGGGAUUUUUUGCUAAAGUAAACAAAAAAAAAACACCAAGAAGAGAUUUGAAACUUCUCUUUCUAAGCUAGAGGUCCUUACUUAAACCUUUUCAACCUCUACAGAGCCAAAUACUGUACAACAGCCUAACUAUUUGUUUGGAGCCAAAGCAAAGUUUACAUUAAAAUGUGCUACAGAAACAUGAA